AUGUACGUUGGUGUAAUCCACGUGGACGGUGGAGAUUCUUUAGUGAGGUUGUUAACAUCAAAUCAUGACGUUGCUUCAGAGAGAGAGAUCAAAAUAACCGUAACAAUCAAACGCGUCUCCGUUUCCACCCACGCGCCAUCUUCGUUCCCAAUCUUCCCCACGCGCAUCCGUGUGAUGGCGAAUCCGCCACCGUUACCGAUCUCAGACCACUCCAACGGCUCCCAAUCUCAUCCCCCCGUCUCCACACCAGCAUUCCGCACCUUCCUCACUCGCCUCACCGCCUCGAUCCGCCAAAGCCUAUCUCAGCGACGUCCAUGGCUCGAGCUCGUAGAUCGGAGCGCGAUCUCGCGGCCAGACUCCCUCGCCGACGCGUACUCUCGGAUCCGGAGGAAUAUACCUUACUUCAAGGUAAACUACGUGACGAUCGUCUCCCUCGUCCUCGCGCUCUCCCUCCUCUCCCAUCCCUUGUCUCUCCUCGUCCUCCUCUGCCUAUUCGCCGCGUGGAUCUUCCUCUACCUGUUCCGCCAGUCAGAUCAACCGCUCGUCGUCCUCGGACGCACGUUCUCGGAUCGCGAAACGCUCGCGGUUUUGGUUAUCUUGACGAUCGUCGUGGUGUUCUUGACCAGCGUCGGAUCUCUGUUGACCACUGCGUUGAUGAUCGGUUUUGGGAUCGUGUGUUUACACGGCGCGUUUAGAGCUCCCGAGGAUCUUUUCUUGGAUGAGCAGGAGCCUGCUAAUAUUGGAUUGUUGUCUUUCCUCGGUGGAGCCGCUACGUCCGCCGCGGUUUCCGCCGCUUCAGCUCCUAUGUCGUCAGCUCGUGUUUGA